UGUGAUAAAUCCCCUGGCUGGAGAUUUGGCUGCAUCACAGACCCCAGCGCCAAUCUACUGCUUCCCCACCACCAUGGAGGCUUCUCUUGUCGUCUGCAUCCUCGCUGCUCUCCUGGCUACGGGGUCCUGUCUGGAGUGUGAGGUUUGUGAAGGAUCAGGAACCAGCUGUUCGGGCACCGUACAGACCUGCGCCGCUGGGUAUGACUCUUGUGGCAUCAUUGUGACAGAAACCACAAUUGUGGGAAUGAAGCAACAGGUCAUUGCCAAGAGCUGUAUGACAUCAGGAAGUUGUAAAGUUGGACCCCUCACUAUGAAUUUUGGGAAUGGAGUGACAAUAAAGCAGGGCAUCGCCUGCUGUGUGGGAGAUGCCUGCAGAACCACCACUGUUACAGGUACCUAUCCCCAGCUCUGCCUCUCCUCCCCCAUCCCCUGCACCUCCGGCUGCCUGGAACCUGCCCCACGAUAA